AUGCGGCGCCGCGGGUCGCCAGUAUCGUGCGGCGGCGCGCAACCCAGGCAGAGGGGAGCUGCGCCAGAGCCGGCUGCUGCUAACGGGACCCGGCAGCCUGUUUUUGAAGUGUGUGAUGAAAAUAUCAAAGGCUGUUUAAGCUUAUUUAAAGUCGCUGUAGUGAUGCUGUUUGGUUACAGACCCUCAAAGGUACAUGUCUUUAUCAGUUAUGUGCUGAAGAUUCAGCACGUGUGGAUGACUCGUUGGGAACACUCUACAGGUAUAUUACUGAAAAAGAUUUUAGAUUUCAUGAGCACAAAGAAGGUUGUGCAGCUAUUCAGUAAUGAAAUAAAGCACAUAGUCUCAGCUUUCGACAUGCAAGGCAGAAGAUUUUUGACUUUAGAAGACUUCAAGAAAGCCUUCCAUUCAGUUUCUCCCAAAUUAUCUGAAAGAAUUGUAGUUGAAGCCUUCAGAGAAGUUGAUCAGGAUUCUGAUGGUCAUGUCAGCUUCAAAGAGUUUGAAUCUGCAAUGAACAAGAUGAAGUAUCAACACUGUACUUUGCCUAAAGCUGAAAAUAUAGUAGAUACAAAUCUUCAGCUGAGUUUGAAUGAAGAAUCUGGAUGUAUGCACUUCAGCAAGAUCAGAGAAUUUUCCAAGAGCUGUGAGGAAGUAUAA